AUGCUUAGAGGGCUCAUCAACUCAAAGAUGGUGAUGAUAUGUGAGGGACCUCCUUCUGUUGGACAAGCUGCUAGGACCUCCCCUCCAAAAGGUUCUCUAUUGCCAUCUGGACGUUCUAGAGUACUCCACAGUCUCGCCAUCGCAUCGGUUAGGUCGUUCGAUAUUUGGGUUUGGAGGGGAUAUAUAUAUCUUGGGUCCCUCCAUCCACUUCUCUCCAUUUUUAUUUCUCCAGUACUUUUAGUUGCUCGCAAAGUUAACAACUCAAUAGUAAGGCUUGCCAAAGUUUCGGCGAUAUCACGAGUUUUUUUAUUAUGGACGGUGAAAGAACCUGAGAAACUGGUUAUGUUCUAUGUUACUCAGCUUGAGCGAGGAAGCUUGUAG